AUGGGACACACGGCAACGGCGACGGCGCCGAAAUCUGAUCCCAAGGACCCCAAGGGACCAAACGUUGUGCGGGCUGCAGCGUACAAGGUACCUUACCUUGUCUCGGGCCAGGCCCAAUCCAGACAGAAGAGGGCCAGAAAGGGCCUGCCAUCUGACAAGACUCGCGCGUUUCCCCGUUCCCGCCUGUUCAAGGCUUCAAGCCAGAGUGAGAAUAGCUCCCCCGACCACGAGACACCACCCAACUGCACCAGGGCAGGCCGCGCCGCCGCAGAACCGAAGAUGAGGGACCGACUACCUUAG